UGCAACGACAGCAAUUUGAAUGCAUUACCGUAGCUAACGGCCAAGGUUCUCCCUAUUCCUACCGAAUAAACACGUCGGUGUCCCGCAGGAUUUUAAUGUUGAGGGCCAAGCUCUUGACUUCCACGAGUUGGUCGUCGAGAAGAUGAAUGUGUCCGCUGUCGCUUUGGCUGAUCACGUGAAAGAUGUCUUUGCCGGUGCCGCCGACAGUGUCGUCCUGCUUUGCCACAGAGACAGUCGACGGGUGGGUAGCCCCCGGUGCACGCGCGUGCUUCUUCUUACUCAGUUCUUUCUCCAGCAGCCCAAAGCACAGUGUUUGGCUCAUCAAAUACCAUUGCAACGUGCUCAGACGGCGCACUUUGCACUGAAUCACCGAGCUGUCGUCCGCUUCGACCGUGAAAUCCGACACGAAUUCGCACGUGACGCACGAAGUGUUGAACAUAACCUGGCGGCCGAGGCUAUUCUUGGCCAAGUAGUGCCAAAAUCGGAACAGGACGAUGUGGUCGACAACAAGAACACCCGCGACAUUGAGCGCAAGGCCAAUACCAGUGGCCGGUGCCGUGCGAAAGUAAAAGCUGCUGAAGUAGUUGAUGUAGCACCCGUUGAUGUUCUCGAAGCUGUGGCGGAUGUCCCAGCGGCUGUCGUUGUUGUACUCGAUGUAGUCUGGCACGUAGAAAAGCAAGAUGGCACUGAUGUACAGCGUCGAGACGCUGCUAAAGUUGAGGUAUUUCAUCACUCGGCUCUGGCCGCAGUACGUUGCAAGGGACAACAGAUGGACGGCCAUCUUGGCGACCUUGACCAUGCCAACGUUGAGCCACAGCAGCCGUGUGCUGAGCGCCAGCAGCUGCAACGACAUGCCGAAGUUAGGGCUCACCACGUUGUAUUGGUUCACUUCCCGGAUGUACUGGAUGGCUUGGUUCAUGUCCAGGACAUUGCUCACGACGAAAAGCAGCACAAAGACGUCGCUGUUGUAGCAGAACAGAUCGAACCGUAUCGCGUGGCUCAAGUGGGGGUAGUACUUGGGAAAGACCAUGUCGACGAGUUUCCCGGCCACUGUUUCAACGUUCUCGGGGACCCGCUCGUGCCAUUGGAUUGUCUUGCGGCCAGCCAAGUAGCCCGCAAGCGCGAUAAAGAUCGCAAUGUACUUGAGGACGGCCCCAAUCGUGCUGUAGAUGCUGCGGCGAAACAUCAAGCCAAGGUAGUGCGUCGAGUUGGGCACGGAGAAGCUCUUGGACACCACAGCAGUUUUGGUUGCAUCGUCAUACUUGACCGUUAUGUUGCAGAUGCCAUGGCUGAGGGCGGUCAGCGGCGUGCACCCCGUGCAGAAGCUCUUGCUGUACACACGAUACCACGGGAUGGCAAAAUUCUGGGACGACGACUUGUUCUUGAUGUCGACGCUCGUGGUCAUCUUCAUGUCCGUUUGCAUCCGUGCCGGGUGGAAGCCCAGCGCGACCAAGUCGGCCAUUUUAGCAUCCUUCGUCGGGAGGUUCUCGGUGAGGUCAUUCGUAAACGCAUGGGUCAAGGAAUUCCCUCGUAUAUACGUAACACCGUCGUCGACGACGGCCAGCUUGACUGGCAUGGCUAGGUCUGGCACCGAGUAGUUGCCGUUGAAUCCUCCGCAAAAGUUGGUCGAGUCCAUGAUGGCAUACGCUCCCGCCGUCAAGAAAUACACGUCGGCACUCACUGUCGCCAGCUCUUCAAUCGACAUCCCGAUCAUCCACUGGCCAACAUUCGAGAGGUUCCCAAACCCACGGCCUUGGCCGAAAAUGUACUCGGUCGACAGCUCGGCCGCGGUCUUCACGUUGGCAACCGGCGUGCGAAAGUGCAGCGCGUUGCCGCAAAAGUCAACGAUGGCCCAGUUGUUGGCGAUCGCAUCGACAAAGACGAGGAAGAGAACGAUCCCGCCGAUGAUGCGCCCGAUGACUGGCGUAACCAAGUUGAACACCAGCGAUGUCUUUUGCUGGACGGACGGCGAGAGCAACGUCGACAACACUUGGUACAUCCCCUUCCGGCGAUCCUUGACGACCACGACGGCAUCUAUCAUGACUGCUAUCCUCACGUCGGCCCGUUCUUGGGUCCGUUUUGAC